CAAAAUUGGUAUAUCUAUCUUUCAUCUUUGUCUGGAGUGUGCAGCAUCAGCAGAAGCAGCUGAUGAUGUCGCGCCGCGGUGAAUCUCCACUCUCGAGGUAGUGAUACGCUAAAACGGCCUCUCGUCGCUGCUCUCCGUGCAGCAGCGUUAUACGCGAUUUUUCGUCUAGUCUUUUUCUUUUGGCCGUUGAUUUUGAUACUUGUGCUGCAGUGCGUAUGCAUUAAUUUGCUGCCAGAGUAUUGGUGAAUGGGGGAAAAUGGCUGCUCCAAGCGUGUAGCACAGCCUAUACGCGAUCAUGUCAUUCUACGUAAGCUAUAACGUCGUCGUUGAGUAUUGCAGCGGUAGCAUGCGGUGAUAGUAUUUUACGAAAAGGGCCACUGACGCGCCAUGCUUUGCACUCGCCCUGCGGCCAGUUAACCCAAGGGUCGUGGACUCGUGAGAGGAUUUUUAUAAGCUUACAUAGCUGGCUAAAGUCGAGCUAAAGUCGACUGUCGACAGUGUGCGUGCGUGUGUCCAGUGUUUUUGUGUAGAGUGUGCACUUAUUCAUUCAUACAUCUCUAUAUGUACGAGCUAAUCUAUAACGGUAAGAGUGCGAGUGCGUGAUAAUAACGAGCAUCCAGAGUUGACAGACUGGCGUUGAGAGACUUGCCGAGCUGUGGAUUCGUAAUCGCGGUCGAGUUGCAUCGCUGCCGAGUGCAGGCGUUACCGCUGCCGCUACUGUGCUGGCGUCGCCGUUGCUGUUGUUGUUGUGAUCCGGGGCGUCAACGACCUCGCCAUCGUGGCAAGAGUAAAAUACAGGAAAGGAUACGUCGCGAUCGACAACUCGCUUUGCAUCGCCAUCGAUUAUAAAAAAACCAUGGCUUUGGUCACGGUACAACGUUCCCCCAGUGUAUCCAGUUCUCCACAGAGUUCGGAUUCUGGUGCGGGUGGACCGACAGAUGAUGACGAAGCAUCUCGUAAUUGUGUAAAAAGCCUCAGCGAAUGUUACUUCGCAGGCAAAGGCGCAGCACUGGUGUUGCCGCCGAACGAACGAGCCCGUCCAUCCCGUCGAGUUUCGGCAGCAGGAUGCGACAUUCAGCAGCAUCUCCAAUCGAUGUUUUAUCUGCUAAGGCCAGAGGAGACUCUCAAAAUGGCUGUGAAGCUCGAGUCUGUCCACCCAGGUAGGACACGAUAUCUGGUUGUGGUAUCUUGCACAGGCCGACAAGAUGCCGAGGAAAGUUGCUUGCUCGGUAUCGACUGCAAUGAUCGUGCAACCGUCGGUCUUGUUCUGCGAGUCCUCGCCGAUACUGCCAUUACGCUAGAUGGAGAUGGAGGCUUCAGCGUGAGUGUUUGUGGAGCACAGCAUAUCUUUAAGCCAGUUUCUGUCCAGGCUAUGUGGUCCGCCCUUCAAACAUUACACAAAGUGUCGAGCAAAGCCCGAGCACACAACUAUUUUCUCGGUGGAUUAUCACACGAUUGGGUUAGCUACUAUGAACAGCGUAUCGAAAGUGAUCGUUCAUGUCUCAACGAAUGGCACGCGAUGGACAAUCUUGAAUCUCGACGACCUCCCUCACCUGAUAGUUUACGAAAUAAGCCAAGCGAGAGAGCUGAAACGGAACGGGUCAUAAGAUCAACAUUAAAAGAAAUUAUGAUGUCGGUGGAUCUUGAUGAAGUCACCUCCAAAUACAUUAGAGGUCGUCUCGAAGAAGAUCUCGACAUGGAUUUGGGAGAAUUCAAACCGUUUAUCGAUCAAGAAAUGCUCACUAUUCUUGGACAAAUGGACGCUCCAACUGAAAUAUUUGAGCAUGUUUACCUAGGCAGUGAAUGGAAUGCCAGUAAUUUAGAAGAAUUACAGAAAAACGGUGUUCGACACAUACUCAAUGUUACUCGAGAAAUCGACAAUUUUUUUCCUGGUAUGUUUAAUUAUUUGAAUGUACGCGUUUACGAUGAUGAGAAGACCGAUCUACUAAAGCACUGGGACGAUACAUUUAAGUACAUAACAAAAGCCAAGAAAGAAGGUUCCAAAGUUCUCGUUCACUGCAAAAUGGGUGUAUCGCGCUCAGCCUCAGUCGUCAUAGCUUAUGCCAUGAAAGCGUACAAUUGGGAUUUUUCACAAGCGCUCAGUCACGUGAAAAACAGGAGGAAUUGUAUCAAACCAAAUAGCAACUUUCUUCUACAAUUAGAAACUUAUCAAGGCAUUCUGGACGCUAUGAAAAAUAAAGAGAAAUUGCAGAGGUCAAAAUCCGAUACGAAUCUUAAAUCGCCAACCGCCGUAACAAAAGACGCAACAAAAAAGCAAGAAAAACAAGAUCUCAUUGAUAAUAAUGACGAUAAAGUAGUCAAUGAUCAAACAGGUGUUGAGCUGAAAAGGAGUGGACUAAGACCUAAGAGUUGGUCCCCGAAUGUGGAAGACACCGAAGACGUAUUAUCAAAUGCACCAAUGUCACAAUCGUUGGAGAGCAUUGAUAAAUCGGCAAAUCCAGAAAUCGUACGUGAAGACCUUCUAAAGAGUAGUAUAAUGUCGAAGCCGAGUAACAACUGUCCAAUGCAAGAUGCUCGUCGUGUGCGAAUGCCAUGUGGCAACGGCCAAUCUUACAGUGUCUCGCAAAAUCAAAUCGUCCAUUUAGAUUCAAAUUCAUCGUCGCCAAAUCAAGCAGGGAGAACCAAGACAGGGAGCCAAGGCCAAAAACGGAAGGGACUCGUUUUAAACUUGACAAAUCAAUUCGAAGCUGCCAGUAGUAAGCCAUCGUCACCAAGUUCUGAUAGCGAAAAUGAAAAAGUGACUGUACAAUUACCUAUAGUUGUGAGUCCCGUCGAACAUCAAAAUGGAUGUCAUGAUGACUAUAGUGAGUGUGAAGUGUCGGCAAGGCAUCAACAACAAGAUAAAAAUGGUAUGUGUCUAGUCUGGACAGCAUCUGCUGAAGUUAAAUGUGUCCACACAAACGGUUCAUCGAAUGUUAACGCUGCUGAUUCAAACCAAAUAACAACACCUACAUCUGCAAAUUAUUUACCAGGUCUUACAAUGUACGUAAAGUCAAAAAAAGAGACCGAUCCCUUUAAUAAUCAACUUGAUCGAGCCUUCGAUCGUGAAGAAUCUCGUGGUGAACUAUCCAUAGAACAAAAUCCUCAGCAAGCUCGUAAUUCGCCUAGCCGGCAGAGCUCUUGGAGUAGUUACGACAGUGCCGUAGUAAUGGAUAACAAUUCAGUACACAGUUCUUGGACUACUUUGCCAUCUCGGAAUAGCUCGUGGGGCUCCUACGACAUGAGACCGAAUGAGACUUUAGGAACUAGUGGUCUUUUUCCUUAUGAUCGUGAGGAAAUACCUUGGCAUCCCGGCACAGUUAAACGCACCAAACAAAAACUAGAAGAAAGCUCUGCGACUGGUAUGAGUACAUCAAAGCGAGUGUGUACCCAAUCAUCUGAGCCUCUACCUUCGAGUGAUUAUGUAAAAGGGCAGGAACGUUUAAGUGUUCCUAAUCUUGAUGGAGUUGAAAAUUCUACGGAUUCUUAUAACCCAAUUAUUAUGCAGUACAACUCUUCACCAACGCCACUAAGAAGGGAUAGUUCUCCUAUAAAAGAAACUCAAAAUCUAGCUAUGACAGUUACUAACUCAUCGCUCAGUCCCACGUCCGCUACGCCAAUUGAUAUAUCUUCCGUUGGAUCUCUUCAACUAAAUAUCGGACGUCUCUCAACUAGUGCUCCUUCUCCAUCGUCUUUCACUAAUGAGGGCGAAGCAGCAAGUCAGGUGGCUUUACGUAGUUGUAAAUCUGAAAGCGAAACAGCUAGUCCAUGUGUUGUUAACACAUCUCAAUGUCCCUCUGUAAAGCAUCACAAAAUCAUGCUUGAAAAUUUAUGCACCAGUACUAAACCACAGUCUACGUCCCCAGAAACCGCUGAAGGUCCUACUCGUGCUUCCGGUGUAUCAGGCAUUGUAAAAAAUCUUAAAAAAGAAUUUGAAGCUAAACAAGCAUCAUCGAGCAAGCUCGAACGUAGCCCAGAAAAUAGUAUUGAAGAACAGCAAAAUCAGCAAACUCAAAGUUUGACUAGAAACGAUAGUGGCCGGCAAAAGAAAGAUCCGAAAAUUCGAAGUUUGCCUUCGUCACCAGUCAUCACUCACAAUGAAGCGAAAAUCCAAUCUUCGACUCAUCAUCUUUCUAAACGCAGUAGUGAACCAGCUCCAAGUAAUUCACCGAGUGAAACCAACUUGGAAGAUUUAUCGGUUAAAGUAUUAGUGGGAAAGUAUGAAUUUGGCAAGCCGGAAUCAAAACGUAAUUCAGAUCCGCCUCUACAGUAUCGACAUCGCGAUAGAGAUCAGCCAGUGGAGCAUCCACCCGCUAGAUCGAGAAUCGCACCUGACUUAGCGCGAAGAUCAGCUCCGAUAAUCGUUAAUCAUCAUGUAUCUUCGAUAUUUGAUAAUUCAGCCACAGUCGAAGCUCCCGGUAGGCCUCCUUCUGUCCCAUCGCCAAGCCAAGUAGUAGCCAGUGUUGUAGCUAAGGCCGCGAGUAAAAAGCAGCAGCAGCAACAUGGCAGAACUCACCCUUUGGCAAGGCUUCAGGUUCGACCAAGACACAGCAGUCCUGUUUAUAAUACUAUGUGAGCGGUCACUUAGGAGUGAUAUAGUCAUAUACGCAUCGCAUAUUUUGCGAUUACAAUUAUCAUAAUUCACACUAAAAAAAAUACUAUAGAAGAAAUUACUAUGGCCAUAGUAACCGAAAUACGUACUAAAAAUAAGUGGUAAAAUUUGCUAUAACACAGUAAUUUUAUUCGAUUUUUUUUAGUAAAAUUUGUUAUAACAUAGUAAUUUUUCUUAUAAUAUUUUUCUCAGUACAUUUGUGUGAUCUCCUUUAUGGAUAUUUAGAAUAUCAAGUACUUUUUGUUUGCGGUCGUCAUUACUUCGUAUUACUCGUUAGUUCGAUAGAUGAUGUAACUUUGAAGACCGAGUACGAACAAAAAAUAAAAAGCGAAAUUUUGGAAACUAUUUUUAUUAGCACGUUGUAAAAAGAAUUUAAAAAAUUUAUAAUGACCACUAUAAAAAUGGUGAAAAUACGCCCAUUUAUAUUUGUUUUAUUGUUCUCUUUUUAAGUCACGAACAGUUGAUAAUAUCUACUAAAUUAUAUGUUUGUGUUUUUUGUUCAUACUUACUGUCAAUCCAAACAAUUUAACUAUUUUAAAUGUAAAAAAAUUUUUGUAUUCGGACGUACAUACAUUUUUUCAUCAAAACUAAAAAAGGCUGGAGAAAUAUUUAGCUCAUGAUUUUAUAUAUUAAUAUAUAGAAUUGACCAAAUAUAUAAAUAAUAAGUAAGAAUAACCUGCAUACAAUCAUUGAACUUUAUUGAAAUGGUUAUUGUCUCACAAAAAUUCUAUAACCAACUGAAGAAAUUAAAAUAGUAAAAAAUAAAAAUGAAUAAUUUCAAAGAAGUAAAUGUCAUUUACGUUCUUUACUAAACAUUUACAUUGUUAGUUUUCAAGGCCAAAAUACAUGACACUGCCAAUUUAUUGAUUUUUAUUAUGGCAGUCCCAAAUAAUUGAUUGUGUCCGUAUUGAAUAUACUAAUGUAUUGAUUUUUCAAAAAUUAUGCUAAAGUUAAUAUCCGCAGUGUGUAAACUGUUUUUUUGUGACACCACAACCUAAAGUAACAUUUUGCUCCCGCCGAGCGAAAUCUAAGCUAGGGGAUUCACAAAAAACCGUGCUAAAAAAAAUCUUAGAGGCAAUUUCAACAAAAGUGGACAGUUGGUCAGAAAAAGAUAUUUUGCUGACACAGUAAAAUUAUUGGGUUAUAUUUCAACGCCAAAUUUUGCUAAAUGUUUUGCUGAGGCAGCAAAAUAUCUUUUUCUGAUCUAACUGUCCACUUUUGUUGGAAUUGCCUCUAAGAUUUUUUUCAGUGCGUAUUUGCAACUAUGUAAUGAAACAAAAAAUCUUAGAGCCCUUGCAAAUGCGCUCUGAGACUUUUCAGAUCUUUACUCUGUAGGGGCAAAAUAUACUAUUGAUGAAAGAAUUGAUCUAUAAGAAAUGAAAUAAGCGUUAAUUUUUUUUAUCGUCAAUAAUUGUAAGUCUCAAAUUGAUGUGUACUCUCGUAUUGUUAUUCAAUAUCCUUUAAAAAAGGUAAAAUCAAUUGGAUAAAAAAAUAACAUUGAUAGUAAUUAAGCGAAAAAAUGUGUGAACAAAAAGAAGAGUGGAUGCUCAGUCAGGCUGUGAAUGUAAGUGUCUGAGUAUCGUUGUGAUUCGUAAAAUAGUGUAAAGUAAAUAAAUAUAUAAAACCAAGUGUCGAUACAAAAUGAUAUGUAUGUUUAUUGUCAAAAAAAUUGAUGCAUUAACCAUUACGAAUUUGUAAAAAAAUUGAUACAAUUAGAAUAAAAGCGAAAAGUUGCACGAGCCACUUGUGUAACAUUCUGCUUCGUCUGCACUAGUAAAAUAUCAAUGAAUGUAUGUUUUAGCUUAGUAAAAUUGUAGCAAGACUUGAAAUACACUAAAGAUCGUUCGAAAUAUUAAUUCAAUAUCUUUUAUUUUUCAUUAUGAAUAAUAAAUAUACGUAUACGAGCAAUGCAAUUUUAACUUAAACUUUUCAGUAACAUUGACAUAAAUCUUUAGAUUAUUAGCAUCAAGAUUGAAAUUUUGCUAAGUACUGUAUUUUCCGAAUAGAUAUAUUCAUUUUAAUACGAACAAAAUUGAGAUAUUUUAACCAAUAGCUGACCAUGCUUAGAGAGUCUAAUAUUAUUUAAAUUUUGAAUGAGAGCUCGAACGAUUUUUAGUGAAAAUUAACCGGUCGCUUUAUUUGUAUAACCAGUUAUAAAAUUGAAAACAUUACGUUACUUUUUGUAAUGCAAUUAAUAUAGUAGGAUUGUAAAAUAAAGAACACAUUGUAUGAUCGAUUGAAAAUAUUAAUGUAAUGGAUGAAUGUUCUAUUCGUUAGAAUUAUUUUUGUAAAUUCGAACGAAUUUUUUCAUGCUUAGCGAAAAUAAAUUAAUCUGCGUUGAUGUUGCAAUUUGCGUCAGCGAUCGAAUUUUUAUCGUGAUUAUUGAAAGCCAAAAGUACAAGUCUUUUUUAUAGUAAAUGAAUCUGAAGGUGCUUAUUAAAAAGAAAAAACGUUGAAACAUUUUCUAUAUACUUUGUACCGUGGAAGAUAUUUUUCAAAAAUACAUAUCAUGCUAUAAUAUCAUCUCAUUGUUAUUCUUAACAAAGAGAUUGGAUAUGUUAAAAAAUUUUUUUAAAAAUGAAACUUUCCUGCAAUUAAAACUGAACUACUCAGAAUAAAGUAUAAAGUGUUGUAGUUUAUCAAAUAAAAAAUAUGCAAAAUAUUUCGAGGACCAUGUCGCAAUGGUUUAUUCGAGAGCUCUAAUACGUGCAAUGUACUCACUUGAAGUACAUUUUUUUUUGAGCAUAAAAUGACAAAGAAUAAUAUAUUUUACUACUGGAAAAAUUUUUGAUCAACUUAUAAAUCUCCGCUGGUAGAUGAAAAUAUUUAAAAUUGAUGAAAAAUUUUUAUCAUUAUGAUUAGAAGUUAUCAUUAUGAGUACACGCUUAUGAAGCUUGAUUUUUUCUUCAUUCAAAUAGUAGCGUUCGAAAAGUCAACCGAUAACAUAUAAUGUACCUACUUAUUUGUUGAAUAAGACUGUACGCUAACUACACAAGCGGUGUUUUUCUUAAUAAAAAACUUUUUAUCUUCAUUUAA